GGGUAUUGGUGAGUUCUAACAGAAGUAGACAAUGGGUAUUAUUGUUAAAAAAAAAAAAAUUUAGUAUUAAUUCAAAUUUUUUAAAAUAUUAAGUACUUUUCCCCCUAUUUUCCCUAAAAGAAAAAUAUAAAUUUUUGCAUCAACUGUACAAAGCAUCGCAUUUCAUUUAUUUUAAUUUUUUCAAAAAGAAAAAAAAAAUGGUAGUAACCAGUAUAAGCCUUCUCCAACAAAAUAUUAACAAAGGGAGAAAAACAUUUUUUUCUCUAAUAAAAUAGAGAAAUAAAUUUUUAAGAUUUAUUAUUUUAAUUUUUUUAAUAGAGAAGGACUUAAUCUUUUUAACAGAAUAAUUUAAAAUAAAAUUGUUAUUUUGAUUUACAUUAUUCAUGGAGAGAUAAUGAUAAUAUUAAUUUGAGUGGUGAAAUAUUAAUUGGAGAGAAAAUGUUAAUAUGAUUUGAAAGAGAGAAUUUUUAAAAUAAUUUGUGGGAUAGGGAAGUGAUAGGAAAUUGGGGGGUGUAGGAUAGUUUGUCAUUGAUGUAACUUCCAAGCAUUACUUUGUUAUGUUUAUGAAUCGUGUAAGAAUGAUCAUGACAAUUACAAACGUCUAAGUAGAUUUUUUACUUUAACAUGUACUUUGUUAGUUCUAUAAAUAUGAUUAUGAAAGUUUGUUAGUCAUUCUUUCUGAUUCGCUACCACUUUUCCCAUCGUAGAAAGCUUAUGAAGCAUUUAAAUAUUACUGUGGCCUCAGCAGGGCCAUGUUUCUACUCAUGUUAUUCCAUUCGAUCAUUAAGCUAGGUUUGACGAAGUAAACGUCAAAAGUCACUGUUCCACUACACGUUAGAGGUCGAUUUUUUCCAGCAAAAAAGAACGUCAAAAGUCACUGUUCCACUCUUCACACGUUAAUAUAAAUUUUGUGGUCCAUAGUGUUUCCAUUUAUUCAAUCGUUAACCGAAGGUACAUGAAUGGAAGAUAAUCUUGGUCAAGUUAAGAAGACUCCGAGUUAGGUUUUCCAUUAAAUUUAUUAUACAUAAAACUUGCUCCUUACGGUCGGUUUCUCAAGUCUCCCUAGUCAUUUGGAUGUGAUACUUUUAAAAAUAGUCAGACAGAAAAGUAUUCAGCGUGGGACACGAAUUAAACCUCUUUGAUACUAAGUUGAGUAAAUACAACUUUAUUAAGUAGAAGAGUAAUAUUCUUAGUCUCUUUUAACUAAAUUAACAGAGUUUCAUAUUUAAAAGUUGGUAUAAUCAGUACUUUAAAAAAAUCAUAUAUACAAGUAUGAAGUGAUAAAGCAUGUAAUAUUUUAGGCACUUAUAUAUCUUUUAUAUUAUCAAGCAUAAUAUCAAAAUAUCGAUCGAUGGCCACAAUGAGAUCACUACUUUUCCCUCUACUUUGUUCACUCUUUAUUCUCGUUGCUCAACGAGCCACAGCCCAGACCAUUUGUUUUAAUGAGAAAGGUAACUUCACCCUUAACAGUACCUACCAUGAUAAUCUCAAUCACGUCCUCUCAAACCUUCUCAACUCCCAAAACCACAAUGGCGACGGCUUUUACAAUUUCUCUUACGGCAGUGCCUCCAACCAAGUUUUCGCAAUCGGAGCAUGCCAAGGGGACGUUACGAUCGAGGUCUGCCGGAGCUGUCUUAACGAGACUAUGCAUAUUGUCCGAGAGGCCUGCCCCAAUCAGAAGGAGGUAAUCCAAUGGGCCGACAAAUGCAUGUUGCGCUACUCUAACCGCUCCUUGUUUGGCCUCAUGGAAACUAGUCCAAAUAAAAUUUUAUAUAAAACCGCAAACGUACCAUCCGAUUCUGUUGUGGCAUAUUUUGAUGUUCUAAUGAAUUUGACAAAUAACCUGAAAAGUCGAGCUGCGGCUGGUGGCUCUCUUCGAAAAUUUGCUGCAGCAAGUGUACAAAGUCCAAUACUAUUUAAAACCAUAUAUGGGCUUGUGAUGUGCACACCUGACUUGUCCCAGAACGACUGCAUCAAUUGUUUGGAAAAUGCAAUUGGAACUUUUCCGGGAUCGGAAUUUAGGACAUUUGGGGGAAUAAUAUUGGUCCCCAGUUGUAAAUUUAGAUAUGAAGAUUACAUCUUCUAUAAUCCUACGGCCGAAGAAGCUCCGCCGCCAUCCCCACUGCCAAAACCCCAAACGGCAUCUCCUCCUCCCCCAUUAAUGAUUGAACCCGGAACGAAGAAUAACACGUCUUCAGCUCGAACAAUAGUUAUUAUUGUUGUUUCAUCUACUGCGUUUGUGGGAUUAAUCAUCUCCCUCGUUAUUAUUAUGUCUUUUGUUCAAGUUAAUCACCGCUCAAAAGAACCUGCUGUGGAAGAAACUACAACAGUGGAAUCCUUGCAAUACAGUUUUGAGACAAUGAAACUUGCUACAGAUAAUUUCUCCGAGAAAAAUAAGCUUGGAGAGGGUGGAUUUGGUAUUGUUUACAAGGGUAGACUUUCUAAUGGACAAAACAUAGCAGUGAAAAAAUUAUCUAGAAGAACAGCCCAAGGUGAUCUCGAAUUCAAGAAUGAGGUAAUGCUAGUUGCCAAGCUUCAACACCGCAAUCUUGUAAGGCUUCUCGGUUUCAGCUUAGAAGGAAGUGAAAAACUUCUUGUCUAUGAGUUUGCGCAAAAUGGAAGUCUUGACCCCUUCAUAUUUGAUCCAAAGAAGCGUACAAAUUUAUAUUGGAAUAGGCGUUAUAAAAUAAUAGGAGGUGUGGCUCGAGGACUUCUUUACCUUCAUGAAGAUUCUCGUUUGAGAAUUAUUCAUCGAGAUCUCAAAGCUAGUAACAUUCUUUUAGAUGGAGAUAUGCAUCCCAAGAUAGCAGAUUUUGGAACUGCAAGACUUUUUGUUGUUGAUCAAACUCAAGAUAAUACCAAGCGAAUAGUAGGAACAUAUGGAUAUAUGGCCCCAGAAUAUAUCCAGCAUGGACAAUUUUCAAUCAAAUCUGAUAUAUUUAGUUUUGGUGUAUUACUUUUAGAAAUAAUAAGUGGAUAGAAAAUUAGUUGUUUUCAACAAGGAGAGCAUACAGAAAACCUUUUAAGCUAUACAUGGAGACUCUGGAAGAGAGGAAAUGCUAGAAAUAUAGUAGAUCCAUUAAUGAGAGCUGGGAUAGGAAGUGAAAUAGUGAGAUGUAUUCACAUUGGACUAUUAUGUGUCCAGCAAAAUUUAGUUGACAGACCAACCAUGAAUGCUAUAGUUCUUAUGUUAAAUAGCAGCUCUGUCUCUCUCCCAUUACCCUCAAAGCCAGCUUUCUUUAUGCAUAGCAGCAUGGGAUCAAGUAUGUCAUCGCCAUCAGAUUUCAAUUCAAGAAUGAAUCAGCCUAAGAAUGAGUCUGUAAAUGAAGCUUCUAUUACUGAACCUUCCCCUCGUUAGUACUAGCUGUUGUUGAAGAUAUGUAAUUAACUUGCAUUUACAACAUGCAUAGUCUUUGUUGUCAUUUGCAUUGGGACAAUGACAUAUAGCAUUGAAAGUAUAAUAAUAAUACUAAUAAUAAAAUGUCUUCAAAGUUUGUACAUAUAUAGAAAAGAAGGAAAAACAAAUAUUCUAAGUUUGUAUCAUUUUCUACGGAUUGGAAUAUGCAGCCUAAAAUUUCCCUCAUAUUUCUUGUGUAACCAAUAACUACAAGUCAUUAAAAAAUUUAAUGUAAAUGUUUACUUGUCUAAAAAGUCACACUUAAAUCAA